GUGACUGUCUUUAUCAUAGGUUAAGGUCAACAUCAAUGGAAAAGAACAUCUUCGCUACUUCUCUCCUGUGUCUUGUCCCAAUGACUUCGGGCACAUUGAGCUUGUGCUGAGGUUCGAGACGCAGGGGCUGGUAUCCCGCCAUUUCCAAGCCCUUAAGCCAGGAGACCAAGUGGAAUUCCAAGGGCCAUGUGGGGGGUUUGAAUACCAGUCAAGUGAGUUGGAUGAGUUGACAGUGUUGGCGUCUGGAGGCGGCGUCACCCCGGCCAUGCAACUCAUCCGCUACAUCAUGAGGGACGCCACUGAUAAAACCAACAUUAAACUUAUAUAUUUCUCUGAAAACUAUAAUGAGAUUCUCUAUUGUGAAGAACUGGAUCAGUAUGCAGCCAGAGAUGAGAGAGUGAAGCUGGUGUAUACAUUGGGUGAAGCCCCUGAGGACUGGGAGGGGGAGGAAGGCGUCAUAGACACGCACAUGAUUGAUAAGCAUAUCACCAAGCCUAAUGGUAUACGGCAUAAGAUUGUGAUGUGUGGGGGUCCAAACAUGAGCAUCUCCUGCCUCCACUCCCUGCGGACGCUGGGCUUCCCGGCUGAGUACAUCUUCAUUUAUGGCCAGUUUGGAACAGAGCAAGUGAAGGCAGUGUAUGGGAGAAAUGUUAAGCUCUCUAAUCAUCGAUGUGAUAAUUCUGUCUAAUAUAUGUCGCAUGGCUUGGUAUGAAGUAGCUAAAAGCAGUGUAUGGCAUAAAAGAAAAGAUCUUCUC